UCACCUGUAGUAGCUUAGGGAUUCAUAGUGUCAUCAACGCUGUAACGGUCUAAUGUUCAGGUGUGUACGGUUGUAAAAUGGAGGAAAGUACUACUGCUCUGGAGUGGGGAGAUAUUUUAGUUGUGGUUGGAUAUUUUGUGGCUGUCAUCGGCGUCGGAAUAGCGUCGUCAUGUCGGAACAGAGGCAGUGUGAGCGGGUACUUCUUGGCGGGGAGGACAAUGAAUUGGAUUCCGGUUGGGGCUUCACUUUUCGCUAGUAACAUCGGCAGUGGCCAUUUUGUUGGACUAGCAGGCUCUGGCGCUGCGUCCGGUAUCGGUAUAGCGGUAUUUGAACUCAACGCUAUAUUCAUCCUGAUGAUGCUAGGAUGGCUUUUCGUGCCAGUGUACAUAGCAUCUGGGGUAUUCACUAUGCCAGAGUACCUACAGAAACGUUUUGGAGGACAGCGGAUCAGGAUUUACCUCUCUGUACUCGCCCUUAUUCUUUACGUAUUCACAAAGAUAUCCGCUGAUUUGUUUUCCGGAGCCCUCUUCAUCACACAGACAUUCAAGGGAUUCAACCUAUACCUGGCCGUUAUUAUAUUAUUAGCCAUUGCAGCGGUUUUCACUAUCACAGGAGGGUUGACCGCUGUAAUUUGGACUGAUUUUGCGCAGGUUAUCAUCAUGGUGAUCGGAGCAUUCAUCCUCAUGAUCAUGAGUUUCAUUGAAGUUGGUGGAUAUGAGCAACUGAUUAAAAAGUAUUUUGAUGCGUGGCCAAAUACGACUCGUUUGAACUAUGGGAACAUAUACAACAACUAUAGCUACGCCAAAUGUGGCAUCCCUCCCCAAAAUGCCAUGCAUUUGAUGAGAGCGGCGGAUGAUGGUAAUCUCCCCUGGCCAGGAAUCAUUUUUGGUCUCACCAUUUCUUCGGUGUGGUAUUGGUGCUCAGAUCAGGUCAUUGUACAGAGAGCUCUAGCCGCCAAGAAUUUAUCACAUGCCAAGGCCGGGACGCUUCUCGCCGGAUACUUGAAAUUUUUACCCCUCUGGCUUCUCGUCUUUCCAGGAAUGGUUGCCCGAAUUUUGUUUCCAGAUGAGGUUGGCUGCGCUGACCCGGAUGUUUGCUUUGAGGUAUGUGGAAGUCGGGCGGGCUGUACAAAUAUUGCUUUCCCGAAACUCGUUCUAAAGAUCAUGCCUGUUGGCCUGAGAGGAUUAAUGUUGGCUGUCAUGAUGUCUGCCCUCAUCUCAUCCCUGACUUCCAUCUUCAACAGCAGCAGUACCAUCUUCACUAUGGAUAUCUGGAGGCGGAUAAGGAAGGAUGCCGGCGACGUAGAACUCAUGAUAGUGGGACGGUGCUGCGUUUUGAUCUUGGUGGUGAUAUCGGUAGUUUGGAUACCUAUUGUUCAGAACGUUUCAGAAUUGUUCCAUUACAUUCAGGCGAUAACUAGCUUUCUCGCACCACCUGUGUGUGCUGUUUAUGUCUUAGCCGUGUUCUGGAAGCGAACCAACGAAAAGGGGGCGUUUUACGGUCUGAUGAUCGGUCUUCUGACAGGAAUGAUACGAUUUAUCUGGGAAUACGUCUACUCUGUGCCUCCAUGCGGCGAGGAGGAAAAAGAUAAUCGCCCUGACAUCAUUUCCAAAGUCCACUAUCUCCACUUCGGAAUCAUCCUGUUUGGGGUGGUCUUCGUCGCCACCGUAAUCAUCAGUCUUUUGACUAAACCAAUAGACGAUGUCCAUCUACAUCGACUGACAUUCUGGAACAGGUUCAGUACGGCUGAACGGGUGAACAUAGACGAAGAAGAACAGAAAGCUACGCAAGACGCAAAUCCAAACACACUCAAAAUGGAGGACAUUCAGCCUGAGGUUGACACACCUUGCUACAAGAGAGUAUUUCAGUGGAUAUGCGGAAUCGAGAAGAUGGUCAACCAACCUCAGAUGACGGACGAAGAGCGACAGGCUAUCGAAAAGAAACACGAAUCAAUUGUGGAAAAAGGCACAUGGAAAACAGUUCUCAAUGUUAACGCUGUUCUGCUGAUGACCAUUGCAGUGUUCAUGUGGGGAUUCUAUGCUUAAUCACCACAUGAUUUAGGUUUAUUGACACAAAAGGCAUAAUCGUAACCAUACCCUUCGCAUAAUCGUCGUCACGAACUUGGUCUACUGUGUACAUGUUCAUAUUAUGUUUAUAAAGAUGUUCCAUUCGUGUAACAGCUUAUUGUGGGGAUUUUGAGGAGAUUAUAUCCAUUGUUUCCAUAUUAAUUUACAUAUAAUAAUAAGUCCAAAAUCUUCUCUUUAUAUCAGCAUAAUAUAUAUAUAUAUAUAUUGAAUACUAGUAUACAUUCAUAUUGUAUAUAUUGUCGUGUAUGAAGCAACAUGUAUUCCGCUUUAUCAAAUCAUAAAAUAUGCAUAGCAUUGUAAAUCUAUUUCAAUCAUAAAGUUUCAAGAUAACAUAUACGUAGUGUUCUCGCUGGGUGUUGUCAUUAUAACAUCAUUGGAAAGUUAAUUUCAAGGAACAGUGAAUCGAAAAUGUAUGGACCUAACCAUAUCAAAUAAUGAUGUGUGUCUAUUAACUAAACUAUAAAUAAACAGAUAUCAUAAUGACGUUGUAUUCAAUAUAUCCAGAAAAUUAGCCAGACAAGAUAAGCAUUUAGAAAUGAAUUGUUCAGGACAACGGGGUUCAUUUUUUUGGAGAUCAAAUACCGAUCAUAAAGGGUCCAGUUGAUUGCGCACUUAUCGUUCAUCAAGGCUACUAGGGUUCGAUUCCCCGAUCGGUCUUUAAAAGGUACGGGGUCAUCCGGUCGUGGGAUUUAGUUUAUAUUUCAUAGCAAUUAUGCAAUAUAUAUCGUGUUCACGCAUUUGAUCGUUUAAUGUGUCAGUCUUUUCAGCCUUUAUUUACUAUAGUAUUUGCUUCCCGUUUUUCCGCAUAACAAUAUAUCACAAGAGUAUUGUGUAUGCGCCGUUCAAUUGUUUUGGACAAAAACGAGAAAUAUAUUCAAUUGCUGAUUAUAAUGGUGCUAAUUCAUUUAGUUUUAUAAUUGAUAUGAUAAUUACAUCAACAAUUAUACUUCCCUCAGAAUAAUCAAUUAUUCCAUCAAGAGGCAGUGACAAAAUAAUCAUUAUCAGAAAACUAGGCUGUUUUCUAGUUAUCCUCUAUCCGAUAUUUUUAUGUUUAAUCUUAAAUAUUGUGAUAUCAUUAUAUAUUGUUAUGUCGCGAAAAGAUACAAUGAUCACUCAAUUUUUAUUGUUAGCUUAAAUGACUUUUAUCGUACACAAAACGAAGCGAAAUCCAUUUUUAAUGUGAUAAUUAACGAGUUAUCGGAAGAACCAUGAACAGGCUAUUGUUAAUGCUUCGACAUAAACCCUUUGUUGUUGUGCAUUUUGAAAAACAUUUUGCCAUUGUUAUGACCUGUCGAAGAACUACUAACAUUUUGCGCUUGUAAUCAUCUGUCGGAGAACCACAUCAUAAUAAACUAAUCAUUGUAACCUGUUCAUACCUUAUACAAAUAUGCAUAGCAAACUUGUAUGAAUAUUAUUAAUCAAAGAAUUUAUAUUUGAAACUGUAUGAAAUAUUAUAUAUAUACAUGAUUGAUAAAUAAAUCAAAUAUUUUAUA